AUGUUAAUGAAACUUGUUGAAGAAACCAUGCUUGUAAACGAAGGUGACCAAAAAUUAUGCGAUGAAGCAGAGCCCGAAGCUCAACAUUCUACAGAACAAGUAAUACUGAGUCCCUAUUCAAAAAGCGUUUCAACAGAAUCAGGAAUACAACAGUUAGCAAGUAGCUCUGGUUUGUGUGUGACAUCAUCUGAUAUUUCACCAGUGCCAUUACCAAAGAAGCGAAAUUCCAAUAGAGGUCGAAAAGCAACAAAAUCAACAAUACUCUCUAGUUCUCCAUACAAAAGAGAACUUGAGGAAGCUGCAAAGAAAAAAUACCAAAUUAACUUUUAG